UUAAUAUCAAACCCUUCUCUUCAUAUCUUAUAAAAAAAAAUACUUGCCCCCUUUUUUUUCUAUUCUUUCUUCUUUUACUAUCAUUUCAUGGCAAGAUUAUCACCUAGAAGGUUAAUUCAAAAACCAUUUUUACUUAUCACAAGUAUUUUAGCUUUGGGUGGCUGGAGUAUUGCAUUUACAGGUGCCUGUAUGCUUAAAGUAUUACAUGGUGCAUGGUGGGUGAUUGUAUAUCAAUUCUGUAUUGUCAUAGGCCAUAUGCUUAUCUUUAUGGCUGGCUCCAUGGAUCAUUACCGCAUUGCUAUGAUGGCUGUCUUGGCCUCAAGUAUUCCUUUAUUGACAAUCCAAGUGGACUAUGUGAUUCAAUUGACAAAGGCCAUGGUAUCCAAAACACCCUCAGCCAAUGCGUAUGUAUCAGGCUAUAUGAUCUUAUUGGUGGUUCAUUACGCAUGGAUCAUAGUGAUUGGAAGUGACAAGACAACCUGGUUGGGUGCAUUAGGACAAGCAGAAGACAUAAGGAAUGAUUGUCGGAUUGAACCAGAGUUUUUUGCAGAAAAGACAAUUCAACAAGAGCCCUAUGAAUUUACAGAGCGUGUUCGAGCCCUGCAUACAUACAAUGCAAGUAUACAAGACCCAAAUGAAUUAAGCUUUGAAAAGGGGGAAUUAUUGGAAAUUGUAGACAGAAAAGGCAAUUGGUGGCAAGCAAGGAAAAGUAAUGGCACGAUUGGCAUUAUACCCAGCAAUUAUUUUGCACAUUUUUAAUCUAUGUAUCCAUAUUACGUUUGAAAAUGACAUCAUAUUCUUUAGCAUAAAUAAAAACGUUUAUUAUUUACAAAAUAGUCUAUUGUUGUUGGUAUAAUUAUGUAUGUAUGUAUGUAUGUAUGUAUAU